UUGUAGUUGUUGUUUGUGCUGGCAGAAAAAUAUGCCAAGAAAAGUGCUGGCCAUUUGUUUUUGGGCCAUUUGCCCAUUGUUACAUUCAGCCUAUGAGGCUCCCGAAGACAAGGAGGACAUCUUUGCCAGCAGGGUCUGUCCUGCAUUUCUUGUCUUUGACUCUGCAGCCUUCCUAUCUGAUAUGACCAUUGAACUUCCUUGUCACUGUAAACCAGAGGAGACUCAUUCAGUGGUGUGGUACUAUCAGAAACAAGUUGGCUCCAUGAACACCAAAGUCCUCACAGACUUUGAGGGCACUACGGUGGUGGAGUCAUCCAAAGUUGGCCGAGGGUCCGAUCUGCGCAGUCGCUUUUCCAUCCGUCUGUUUAGUCUCCUCAUCUUCAGGGCGCAGAAAGCCGACUCAGGGCACUAUAUCUGUGGCACAGCCUCUGGUGAAUUCUUCUACGGCUACGAUGUGGAUGUCCAGGAGGUCCGUCAAGUUUUGUUUCCUUGGAGCGUCAAACAGAGGACUCAAGUACAAGAAGCAGAGCCCCUCAGCAUAAAAGCUGAAAAGUUUCAGGUGUUCACCAGGUACGAGCCGUGGUCUAAAUGUGACCGCUGUGACGUCCGGGGGGAGCAGAUGCGUGGAGGACUUUGUUACGUCAAAAGCAUUUACCUCCAUGUACGUUAUCAGCGUGAAUCGGACACAGAGGCCCCUUGUGGUUCCUCAGCUGUUCCCCAACAGUUUGGCCUUUCUGGUAGUGGCUACGGAGCCAAGCUUGAGGUGAGGAACUGUCACACCCCCUGUCCUCCAAAACCUACGACAUCUCCAGAGAGACAAGCUCUGCUAAAGUUCCUUGAGUUUGACGAUCGAUCUCCUUCGGGUGUCACCAUCCACUUUCAUAGCCACCCCACAGGCUCUGAUCUGGUCAUGACCUGUCCUGGUGCCAAACCGCAGUACGCUGUGGCCUGGAUAAAGGUUCAGCACCGCUUCACCGUUCUCAGUAUAUGGAGGGACUGA